UUACACGUCCACUGCCUCUUUGUUUCCGUUGCUAUAUAUUCUCCUCAGUCCCGCUCUCCUACGGACCUCGUCUUCUUUCUUCCUUUCCUUCUCUCGGCUUCUGUGAUCCCUUGUUUUUUCCCAUUUCGUAGUGAAUCACCUGGAAAGGUUAUUAAAAGAGGAAAAAUGGUGAAGAUUUGCUGCAUUGGUGCUGGAUAUGUCGGGGGACCUACCAUGGCUGUCAUUGCACUUAAGUGCCCCUCCAUUGAAGUGGCUGUCGUUGAUAUCUCUGUAUCCCGUAUUGCAGCCUGGAACAGCGACCAGCUUCCUAUCUAUGAGCCAGGCCUUGACGAUGUUGUAAAGCAAUGCCGUGGCAAGAACCUGUUCUUCAGCACUGAUGUGGAAAAACAUGUCUACGAAGCUGAUAUUGUGUUUGUCUCAGUUAACACCCCAACCAAAACUAGGGGUCUUGGAGCUGGGAAAGCAGCAGACUUGACAUACUGGGAGAGUGCUGCUCGCAUGAUUGCUGAUGUCUCAAAAUCUGACAAAAUCGUGGUUGAAAAAUCUACUGUCCCAGUCAAAACUGCGGAGGCCAUUGAGAAAAUCCUUACCCACAAUGGCAAGGGGAUUAAAUUCCAGAUUCUAUCUAACCCAGAAUUCCUUGCUGAGGGAACUGCCAUCCAAGAUCUUUUCAAACCAGACCGAGUGCUCAUUGGUGGUCGGGAGACUCCCGAAGGACAAAAGGCCAUCCAAGCAUUGAAGGAUGUUUAUGCUCAAUGGGUUCCUGAGGAUCGAAUUCUUACCACAAAUCUCUGGUCUGCAGAGCUGUCUAAGCUUGCUGCUAAUGCCUUCUUGGCCCAGAGAAUUUCGUCUGUCAAUGCCAUGUCAGCACUCUGUGAGGCCACUGGUGCAAAUGUCAAACAGGUGUCCUUUGCUGUUGGUACAGACACAAGGAUUGGGCCCAAGUUCCUUAAUGCUAGUGUUGGCUUUGGUGGAUCCUGCUUCCAGAAAGACAUCUUGAACCUUGUUUACAUCUGUGAGUGCAAUGGCCUUCCAGAGGUGGCAGAGUACUGGAAACAAGUCAUUAAGAUCAAUGACUAUCAGAAGAGCCGUUUCGUGAACCGUGUUGUUUCCUCCAUGUUCAACACAGUUGCUAACAAGAAGAUUGCCAUUCUGGGAUUUGCCUUCAAAAAAGAUACCGGGGACACUCGUGAGACCCCGGCCAUUGACGUUUGCAAGGGACUGCUGGGUGACAAAGCUCGCCUGAGCAUAUAUGAUCCACAAGUUACUGAAGAGCAAAUCCAGAGGGAUCUCACAAUGAACAAGUUUGAUUGGGACCAUCCCAUCCACUUGCAGCCCAUGAGCCCUUCCACGGUGAAGCAAGUCAGUGUGGUUUGGGAUGCCUACGCGGCAACAAAGGAUGCACAUGCUCUUUGCAUUCUGACUGAGUGGGAUGAGUUCAAGACUCUUGAUUAUCAGAAGAUAUAUGACAACAUGCAGAAGCCAGCCUUUGUGUUCGAUGGCAGGAACAUUGUGGAUUUGGAUAAGUUGCGUGAGAUUGGCUUCAUCGUUUACUCCAUUGGUAAGCCACUGGACCCAUGGCUUAAGGACAUGCCAGCAGUGGCUUGAAACAGGAUCAUUUGAUUAAGGGGAGGCGUUCCCACUCAGUCUGAUUCUUUAUUAUUUCCACAAGAGUUUUUCUUUUGGUCCUUUUUUUUUUCUUUCCCUUUGUAGUUGGCACAAAAUGGGUAAAAAAAAAAAUCAGGGAAAGUAAAAAGGCUUUAUGUUUUGCCUUGCUUUUUGUAACCCAUUUCAUUAUUAUCUGGAUGUUAUGAAUUUACUAGGGAAACUUGUUUUUAUUUGAUAAA